AGAUUGGAAUUUUGUAGCUGUCUUUAUUCACAGGGGGUGAAUGAGUGCGUGAGGUCCAAACCGAAUGCAGAUUUUUGCAGGGAUGAGAAGUGAAUGAGGAUUUGCAAGUUACUGCUGGGAAGCUGAUGGUGUACAGUCAGAAACACUGGCCGGAAAAUGUUACGCACACCAGAAUGGUUGAUCAGGUUGGUUGUAACCAGUGCCAUUUUCAGCUUACAAUUGGGAACUGGGCUGGUUUCCGUAAAUGCAAGCAUAUCGGUACAGAGCCGAGUGAAGCGCCAGACUGCGGACAGCUUCACAGAGGAACAGGCUAAAGGUUCCUGGGGUAGAUGGGGCCCGUGGUCUUCCUGCACCAGGACGUGUGGCGGAGGAGUAAUGCAACAGACACGGCCCUGCCUUCCUCGAAUAAAGCAGAGAACUCAGCCGACAUUCCAGUUUGCGACAGGCGAUCAGUCCCUGCGAGCAUUUCACAUUCCCCUCGGCCGAGUGCUAUCCAGCGUUCGCCAGUCAUACCCACUCCAUCGGAGCCCAGCCUACAAGCUAACAGGAGCCAGCAUUAACCAGAUUUAUCAGAUCUCCAACAGGGAGCCAUUGAAUACACUGAGAGCCAGGACAUUACAGGCAGAAGGUUCUGUUCAGAACACCCCCUCUCAGCAACGCACUGAUCCAGACCAAGUAAAUAUCGAUGAGUCUUCAGACCAUUUGCAUCUGAAUCACAAGCAGACAAGUAAACCAAUGGUGCGGCCAGGUCAUUGGAGUCAGCUCCCACUGCAUCAAACUGAGGAAUCAACUCUGAGGAACGUGAAGGUGUCACAACUUUUCCAGACACCAUUAGAAACCAAAGUUCAAACUGAUAAACACAGCUCAACAGAACAAGUGUUAGGAUUGCAAAAGAGACACCUAUCCAGAGUUUCAAGGAGUCCUCCUGCUCAGGAAUUUAAUUGCCUUGGAGAUUUCAGACAAUACAAGUUGUGUAACUCUCAGCCCUGCCCCCGUGGGAGUCGAGACUUUCGGGAAGUUCAAUGUGCUGCUUAUAAUAACAGAGCUUUUACAGGAAAGCAUUAUGAAUGGGAGCCUUUUACUGAUGUAUCAGACAACCAAAAAUGUGAGCUGAAUUGCAGAGCCAUUGGUUACAAGUUCUACGUGCGCCAUGCCACUCAAGUCAUAGAUGGAACACCGUGCGAACCUGGAUCUUUGAAUAUUUGUGUCAACGGAGAGUGCAAGAAAGUCGGUUGUGAUGAGGUAUUGGGCUCCAACAAAGUGAUGGACAAAUGUGGUGUUUGUGGCGGUAACAACACCACAUGCAAAGUGAUAUCUGGAAUCUUCAAGCAAACCAUCAUGUCGGUGGGGUAUCACAAGAUUCUUGAAAUUCCUGAAGGAGCUACACGAAUUAAUGUCACCGAGAUGACGAAAAGCAGAAAUUAUCUGGCUCUGAGAAGUCACUUUGGCCACCCCAUCAUUAAUGGAAACUGGGCUAUAGAUAGGCCAGGCACUUACGAAGCAGCAGGAACCCUGUUCAAGUAUAAGAGGCCAAAUGAAAUUAGUACGACAGCAGGGGAAUCCUUGAUUGCCGAGGGGCCAACCAGUGAAAUUCUGGAUGUCUACAUGAUAUAUCAACAGGCAAAUCCUAAGGUGCAGUAUGAAUAUGUUUUACCAACUGAUAACGUUGUCAACAGCCAUUCACUAGCCCAUACAGCAGAUGAACACUUAGGAGAGGCCUUUAAUGGUCAGUUGUCAUAUGGUGCCGAUGGUGACGUGUACGUUCUCCGUGAAAGAGAGGCGGAAAACUUUGUCAGUGGAGUCCAUGCAAACCAACUGCAGUCCAGAAAGUACCAAACGAGCCCUGGAGAAGUGUUACACUCCUGGGGAGAGGGGCCAAGGAAAAAGAGGGAAUUCAAUUGGAAACAAAUUGGAAGCAGUGAAUGCACCGUGUCGUGUGGAACUGGAAGCCGUGCUCUUAUUUUCAAAUGUGUUAACAGGAAUACACAUGAAGAAGUAUCUGAUAACCUGUGUGAAACUGCAAUGAGACCAACACCAGAUGAAGAAGCCUGUAAUAUCCAGCCGUGCCCAGCCUACUGGGACCUGGGAGAAUGGUCAGAAUGCAGUAAGACGUGUGGACCUGGAAUACAACAUCGGCAGGUGCUUUGUAGACAAGUUUAUGCCAACCGGACUACCACGGUUCAACCUGAGCGAUGCCAGCACCUGGAGAAACCUGAAACAACCACGACCUGCCAACUGAAAAUCUGCAGUGAGUGGCAUAUCAGGACAGAAUGGAGUGAGUGCUCAGUACCUUGUGGUGUGGGACAAAGGAUCCGGGAUGUAAAAUGCAUUGACAAUCUCGGUGAUAUCGUUGACGAUGAAGAGUGCAACAUGCAACUGAAGCCCGCUGAUACAGAAAAUUGUGACAUGGGCCCAUGUGCAAAGAGCUGGUUCCACACAGACUGGAGUGUCAGGUGUUCUGCAGAGUGUGGCCCAGGCAUCCAGACGAGAUCAGUUGUAUGUCUGAUGAAUCACAUCAGCAGCUUACCUCUAGAAGGCUGUGGGGUUGAGAAGCCUGAGGAUGUACGACCUUGCAAUGUUGGUCCUUGCAAUGAGGAUGUCAGGUGGUUCACAGGACCAUGGAGCCAGUGCUCAGCAGAGUGUGGCAAUGGAACCCAAAUUCGAAGUGUGGUCUGCCUGAAAAAAACUGACGACAAACUUACGGUGGCAGAGACGAGUGAAUGCUCCCACCUGGAGAGACCAGCAUCGGAGCGAAGCUGUCACCUGAGGAAAUGUGAUGUCAAAUGGUACUCGACAGAGUGGAGCGCAUGCUCGAAAUCCUGCGAAAGUGGCUAUCGGGUUCGAGAGGUCAGAUGUCUUGCAGAUGACAUGACACAAAGCAACAGUUGUGAUUCCUUCCUAAGGCCAAUUGAUAAAGAAGUCUGCAACACUAACCCAUGCAUACCCGAGAUAGUUUACCACAAGAGCCCACAACAUCAUUCUGCAUCCUUACUGUUGGUCGGGUAUAUAGUCAGGAAAGAUGUGGAACUGCUGCUGAUUCAUUGA